AUGUAUGCGCCUUUUUGCUUUUUGCUUAUACUUGCCCGACGUGGUAGCAAUGUUUCACCUACCCAGCGGAUAAUCACCUCGCAGAAAGGCGUCUGUCUUGAUUUUGAGAGCGUCUCUAAAGAUGCAAAAUCUCAGAGCAAGGAGCUAUACACGUGGGGCCAGGUCCAACACGAAGAUAUUAAGGAUGUAACGGACAGACUCGCGUACCUUAAUUUCGUUCACGGCGCAUUGUCUGCCUCCCUUGCAACUCAAUUGGAUGCCUCUCGUUCAUCCAUGAAGACUCUCCGCAACACUGAGAAGGCUCUUGAACCGAGGCGCAAUAAUCGCUCUGGCCUUGCAAGUCAGAUUGCCAAGCUUGAACAUGACAUGCAGAAAGGGUCAGAAAAGCGCUUGGCCGAUUUCAAACAGCAGCUUGCGAAGCUCGAGGCUGAAGAUGAGUCCGCUGAGAAGGAAGUUGAGAUAUUGAAGAGGAAAGCAGUUGCGGACUCGGAGCGUGCUAAGUGGGCUGCUCUCAGAGAGUAUGGUGAAAAGCUCGUUCUUCUUGCAGAGGCUUCGGCCCCUAUAAUUUCUGCCCUCCCAUCUGUGCCGCCCUCCACCGAACACCCCUACACUGGCGCACAAACCACAGCUGCGACUCGAGCUUCUCUUCAGCAGGCGUUAGAUAACUUCAAGCCAGGAAGUAUCACUCAUUCUUUCCAACCCUCUGUCGCCGAUAUCAAUCGGACGGACUCACGAAGCUUCGGUGUUACCCACGCGGCGGAACUGUCAAGCAUUGCUUCACUGAACUUGCCUGGGCAGCAACAAGAGGAACAAGCUGAUACAGCGGUUCACCAGGCUGAUCUACCCCACCCUACCGGAGGAACAGGAGCAUCCCCGCCUCCUUUUAAUCCUGGUGCACUGAAUAAUGCGCCGGCCCCGAUCCCCCCGAAGGCUUCGCCUCCGUCUGGUCAAGCCAGCGAAACGACCACCGCGCCUUCCGUUGUAUCCAACGUUUCCACGUCUCCUGCGGAGGCCAAAACUACUCCGCUCCAUGUACCCGAACCCACCGUCGCGGAGACCGGUAUCCCCAUAUCUGCUGGCGUGGGCGGACCAGGACCUGCUAGCGGAUCUCUCAAAGACUUGAAGGCUGCGUCUCCACCAUCUGCCACGCCAUUCGGAGCUGCGCCUGGAUACACUGGAAGUUCAGGUCCGGCUGCUGGAAAGCUUGAGAGUGCAGAGGACGAGAAGGCACGACUCCAGCGCGAGGAACGGGAGCGUCUACUACACAACACUGGUGCAGCUCCACCCGCACCGCAGAAGUACGAGACGGCUGAAGAGGAGAAGAAGCGUCUCGAAAAAGAGGAGAGGGACAGGCUACUGAAGGAGGCGGAAGCAAAGCAAGGUGGAUCCGGAGGCAAGGAUGCAGAAGGUGAUGGUUCUACGCCUCCUCCGUACCAGGACUUCUAA